CCGUGAGCCCCCUCCUCCCUGCCCUCCUCCCGGUGCCCGCGCGCCCCCGUCCCCCCCGGUGCCCCCGCCCGGUUCCCGGGGGGGCGGGGCGGCGCUGCCAUUGGCGGGGGGGCCGGUCCGGAGCGGGGGCGGCGGCGGCGGCGGCGGCAGAGCCCGAGCCCCCCCCGGCCCGGCCAUGUCUCGGAAGAAGGCGGCUCGCAGCAAGGGCGGCGGCGCCGCUCCCUCCGCCGCGCUGCCCCGCGCUGCCCCGGGCACCGGCCCCGGUCCCGCCGCCCCCGAGCCGCCCCGCGACCGCGGCAGCGCCCGGCCCUCGCUCAGCAGCAGCGGAGAGUUCUACGACCUCGCCUUCAAGGUGAUGCUGGUGGGCGACUCGGGCGUUGGCAAAACCUGCUUACUGGUGCGGUUCAAGGAUGGUGCUUUCCUCGCCGGCAGUUUCAUUUCCACGGUUGGAAUCGACUUCAGGAACAAGGUGCUGACGGUGGAUGGGGUGAAGGUGAAGCUGCAGAUCUGGGACACAGCCGGGCAGGAGCGCUUCCGCAGCGUUACCCAUGCCUACUACCGGGAUGCCCACGCCCUGCUCCUGCUCUACGACGUCACCAACAAAGCGUCAUUUGACAACAUCCAGGCUUGGCUGACAGAGAUUCAUGAAUACGCACAGCAAGACGUGGUCCUCAUGUUACUGGGAAACAAGGUGGAUUCAGCCCAGGACAGAGUGGUGAAAAGGGAAGAUGGAGAAAAAUUAGCCAAGGAGUACGGAGUGCCCUUUAUGGAGACCAGUGCAAAAAGUGGCCUCAAUGUGGAAUUAGCAUUCACAGCCAUUGCAAAGGAACUGAAGCACAGAGCCAUGAAGCUGCCCAACGAGCCCAAAUUCAAGCUCCACGACUACGUGAAGAAGGAAGUGCGAGGCUCGGGCUGCUGCAGGUCCUAAUGCGCUCAGUGUGUUUGUACAGAGACUCAUGCCAAGUGUUUGUGCGCUGCGCUCUCUCCUCGUGGACAAUGUGUGCAUGUCUGUCUGUCUGUCGUGUCUGUAUCUGCCUAAAAGGUGAGCUGAGACAUGGGCAAUGGAAGCUGCAGCAGAAAAAAGCAUUCCUGGCCGGAGUGGCCGCUGGCCGGGCUGCAGCCAUGUGCCAGGCGCUGCUCCCGGAGCCCCCAUCGUGUCCACCCGCUCUGCGAGCCCCAUGGCUUCCCUUUGGUUGCUCCCGCCUGGCUCACAGCCGCUUGUCCCCAUGCAGGUGGGCGCCCAGGAAGGGGCGGGUGGGCUGGGGUCUUGCUACUGCUCCUCCCAGGGCCGGGGAAGGCAGCUAGACCCGGCUGGGGCAGCAGAAUUCUUUUGUGUUAGGAGGAAUUCUGAAUAAGGGGAGCAAAUGCCUUUUCCACACCAAACAUCUGGGUAGGAAAAUGUCCCAAAUUCCCCUUUCUCUCCCCACAUGCCUGGAAUUCAGCUGUUCAGGCCUGGGGCACACGGGACAGACUUGUUUUCGAGGCAACCGUUUUUGUAGUUGUUACGUAUGUCUGUCCCUCUGCCACGUGGUGUAAGACACCUCCUCGGUGAAGGCUUCUCCUCCUCCCUGCAGAAGCCAAGAGCUUCGCUGUCUGUGUGCGUAAGCUCCUGCUGACCCGUCUGUUGUACGGAGAUCCCUGAGCAUUCUUCUGUUCGGGAAAGGCUUUGGUUCUCUUACUACCGCCGUUUCUAGUACUUUAAUUGAGAAGAAAUCCACUGCAUCGCCGCUUAUUCUAAAUACCUUCAUCUAAGCGUGAUAGUAUUUUUAGACUGCAGCAAUGCUUUAAUAUCUUCAAAGUUCUCUUGGGACAGCACUUUCUUUUCAGGGAAGAAAGCUGAGGGGAACGCUGUAGGCAUUGAUUUUAAAGGUUGCAGACUCUCCUGCCAGCUCUUUUCAAUGGACUCCUCGCCCCUUUGGUCUGUUCAGGCAUUUGGCUUUUCUAAAGCUGCACUUCUAAGUAUGAAUUUGGAUCAAGCGUUUGGCCUUUGGCCAUUUUCUUCUUUGAAAUUUCCUCUUGCACAGCCCCAGGUGCCCACCGUGCUGAACCGCCUGAAAUACAUUCGUCCUUCCUUUGCAUUCCAGCCGGGCACCACCGUGCUCGCAGGCAGUUUGGGGUUUUUGCUCCAGCACUGAAGUCCCAACCUGCACAAGGACCUCAGGGCUACUGCCCAUGCUUUGGGACUGCUCAGAACUCCAGAAACAGCAGCAGCUCCUGCCCAAAAUGGGUCCAGCACAAGAACAGGACGAAACAAGAUGCUACUGCCAACAGAGCAGGUUUUCCCAAAUAGUUUUUUAGGGAGAAAUGAGUCUUUCAACUGUGUGAUUGAAAUUUUAUUAACUAUUUAUUGAGAAGCCGUUCCUGCAGGAAUUCUUGCUGGGCACAGCAGGAGAAGGAAGGGCCUGGGGGGGAUGGCGGUCAGGACUCCCGUGACCCACUCAGCAGAGCCAAAGGGACUGGCAGCACUGGCACAGCUGCUCCCAUUGGAGCAGCAGCCGCUCAUUCCUCAGCCAAGGCUUUCUCCAAGUAACUGGAUUAACUCCCUUUGCCUUUACCUGCUCUAGAAGGUGGCAAUGGCUGCUACAAGUUAGUUUGCAAGCAGUGCCAGAACACAGGAGGCUCUGAAUGUGCUUGGGAACUGUUAAGCACAGGAAUCCAUAAAGCUCGCUGUUCCCCACUGCUUCGGUGAGCUUCGCUCUGCUCCCAUGGCUGCUACUCAACCAGUGCCUCCUACAAAAAAGCCGCUUAUUUUCCAGCCACCUCCAUGCCCAUUGAUGGCUGUGUAGCACACCCCUGCUAAUUGAGUUUAAUUAAAAAAGAGGCUGGGAUUUCCUCUAGCCCCGAGCUUGCUGCCGACCGGUGUUUUAGUACCUGAGCUGUGCAGGAAGGGCCAGCCCAGCAGAGGCACAGAACAGGUCAGGCAGCUCAAAUACCACCAGUGUGCCCACAUCUGCCUUUGGUGCUGUUUUCCCAGCAGUGCAGCAGCAGCCCGGGUCCAGAGGUGCUGGUUGCUGCCCGGAAGCAACAAGGAGGCUCCCUAAAGCAAAAAAAUAAACAGCAUUCUUAGUGCUCCCACCAGGUCGUUGCCUUCCCUCUUUCCUUGCAAGGCAGGGAGUAGCCUUGACUCUUGUAGAAAAAGCUGAUGACUCUUUUUAACUUGUUGGGACCAAAAUCGAUUUAAGAAGCGAUUUAAACAAGAUGUAAAUGCUGCCCUCUGGAGUACUUUCAAUGUAUCUGUAGGGAAGCACUAGCCAAAACCGAUGUCAUGGUGUUAAACCUAAAGGCAGACUUGGUCCCUUCUCCCUCCCUACGUCGUCGUCUCCCAACGCCAGCCUGGUCCCAAAGCUCCUCCUCAGCCCAGCAUCCUCUCCCCACCAUAUGAUGAGGAAUUCAUUGUUCGGUACAUUCAAAGAGCCGGACUCCACAUCACGUGCAAUCUCUCUUUUUUGCUGGCUCUUGUUUACAGCUUUUUGUUUCAUUCCUGUUAAUAAAAUUUUUUAAUGAUC